CUGCCUCCCCAACGGCCAACUGCUGCGUCCUCUCCUAGCACUCCAGGACUCUCUCCCAAAAGUUUCAUACUCUCAACACUGCCAGACCCUGAUGGCCUUAAGGGCUCACUCUGUGGGGCAUCCUGGAGGGAACCUGCUCCCCACCUUGUCCAGCCCAGGAACCUGCCAAGAAUUCUCACCUCCCUGCAGCCACCACACAACAGCUCCCACACUGCUCUGGGUAUCCAUGGGCUGGACAAUGAAGCUGGCCACGGCAGCACUGUUCCUGGGUCUCACAAUGGUGGUCGCCAGAGAUGACGAGGACAGCGACAUGUGUACGUACAAGGCCCUGUCUGACACCGAUGCUGUCCUCUGCAAGGGCCUUGAAGUUUCCUACCCCGAACUGGGGAACAUUGGCUGCAUGUUUGUUCCUGAUUGCAACAACUACAGACAGAAGAUCACCCACUGGGAUGCGCCCAUAGUCAAGUUCCCUGGGGCCUUGGAGGGUGCAACCUACAUCCUGGUGAUGGUGGACCCUGAUGCCCCUAGCAGGUCUUCACCCAAAGCUCAAUUCUGGAGACAUUGGCUGGUAACAGAUAUCAAGGGCACUGAUAUGAAGAAAGGGAAGAUUCAGGGCCAGGAGCUGUCAGCCUACCAGCCUCCCUCCCCACCAGCAAGAAGUGGCUUCCACCGCUACCAGUUCUUCAUCUACCUUCAGGAAGGACAGAACAUCUCUCUCCAUUCCAAAGAAAACAAAACUCGAGGCAAUUGGAAAAUGGACAAAUUCCUGAACCGCUUCCACCUGAGUGAACCCAAAGCAAGCACCCAAUUCAUGACUGAAAAUUACCGGGACUCCCCAAAUUACCAGCCUCCCACAGGAGGAAGCAGUGAGCCCACAGACAAACCCAAACAGAGUUAGCUGCCAGCCAGAUGUCAGGCUUCGUGUAGCAGGUGUAUGUGUCCACAGUGCCCACCAGCAAGGGUCUGGGCAUAGAAUCCCCUCUGAGCAUGGAACUCCUUCUCUCCCAAAUUAAAAAAGAAGUCAUCCAGGG